AUAUAUUGUUCCUUUUGUGAAGAAAUCCAUUCAUCGUUACUUGUUCAUCUUUUUCCAAACCCUAAAUCGCUCUUCCAAAAGUUCUUACGAUUCUCUCUUUCAAGAUGCAAAUUUUCGUGAAAACACUCACUGGCAAGACCAUUACUCUCGAGGUUGAGAGCUCUGACACCAUUGACAAUGUUAAGGCAAAGAUUCAGGAUAAGGAAGGUAUUCCUCCUGACCAGCAGAGAUUGAUCUUCGCUGGUAAACAGUUAGAAGAUGGUCGUACCUUGGCAGAUUACAAUAUCCAGAAGGAAUCAACACUCCAUUUGGUUCUCAGGUUAAGAGGUGGUAUGCAGAUUUUUGUGAAGACGUUGACUGGCAAAACCAUUACUUUGGAGGUUGAAAGUUCAGAUACUAUUGAUAAUGUUAAAGCUAAGAUUCAGGAUAAGGAAGGAAUCCCUCCGGAUCAGCAGAGGCUUAUCUUUGCUGGUAAGCAGCUUGAGGACGGUCGCACACUCGCUGAUUACAAUAUCCAGAAAGAGUCUACACUUCAUUUGGUGCUUCGUCUUAGAGGUGGUAUGCAGAUUUUUGUGAAGACCCUCACUGGAAAGACCAUUACUUUGGAGGUUGAGAGCUCAGACACUAUCGAUAAUGUUAAAGCUAAGAUCCAGGACAAGGAAGGGAUCCCACCAGACCAACAGAGACUCAUCUUCGCUGGUAAACAGCUCGAGGAUGGUCGGACUUUGGCUGACUACAACAUCCAGAAGGAAUCUACCCUUCACCUUGUGUUGCGUCUUCGUGGUGGUAUGCAAAUAUUUGUGAAAACUUUGACAGGCAAGACCAUUACGUUGGAGGUUGAGAGCUCAGACACAAUCGAUAACGUCAAGGCUAAGAUUCAGGACAAGGAGGGGAUCCCACCAGACCAACAGAGGCUUAUCUUUGCCGGUAAGCAGCUUGAAGAUGGACGCACCCUUGCUGAUUACAACAUCCAAAAGGAGUCUACCCUCCAUCUUGUGCUUCGUCUCCGUGGUGGUAUGCAGAUCUUUGUGAAGACCCUUACCGGGAAAACCAUAACUUUGGAGGUUGAAAGUUCCGAUACUAUCGAUAAUGUUAAAGCUAAGAUCCAGGACAAGGAGGGGAUCCCACCAGACCAACAGAGACUCAUCUUUGCUGGGAAACAGCUCGAGGAUGGACGGACUUUGGCUGAUUACAACAUCCAGAAGGAAUCUACCCUUCACCUUGUGUUGCGCCUUCGUGGUGGUAUGCAAAUCUUUGUGAAGACUUUGACAGGCAAGACUAUUACCUUGGAGGUUGAGAGCUCAGACACCAUCGAUAAUGUCAAGGCUAAGAUUCAGGACAAGGAGGGGAUCCCGCCAGACCAACAGAGGCUCAUCUUCGCUGGUAAACAGCUCGAGGAUGGUCGGACUUUGGCUGAUUACAACAUCCAGAAGGAGUCGACUCUUCACUUGGUUCUUCGUCUUCGUGGUGGAAGCUUCUGAGCUUUGUUAUCUGUGGUCAAAACUGGUGGUGUUCGAUUGAGCCUCGUGCACUUGUGUGGUGAUGUUUGCAAAAGAAGAAGACUUUUCUCUAUUGUGUUCAUGUUUCAUUUUCUGUUUUCUUUAUGUGCUCUUUGUUGUGAACCCUUUUGGUCGGGCUCUUAAUGGGCCUUUAUGUUUCAAAUUUUAAUAAUAAUCCAAGUGCAUGUUUGAAAAUC